AUGAACGUUACUGAUAUCCUCGGCUUGGUCGGCUUCACAGGACCGGCGAGCGAGCAUGUAAAUGCCUUUUUGGCUCACCCUGUCAAAGCGCCACACCCCAGUGCCCUGCAGAGUACUCCAGGAUCCCAGAGGUGCCAUGUCGUCCAUUCUGAGAGGCAUAACAUGGACAUCACCGUUCUCCCCAACAAUAACCAUCCAGAGAAAUUCCUCCAGCUGGAUGUGGGGAUGCUACCAGCCACCCACGGCAUGUUCCAGAUUGGGGCAGCACUCUCUGGCCAGAGGCAGUGGCAGAACAGAGUGUAUUCACAGAGAGAGCGGAGGGGGCUGAGAGGCACAGAAGGUCAGCGGCCUCCAGUUGUCAGCCUGGAGUUCAGAGACCGCGAGCUGGAGCAGCACAUCACACCACUCACUCUGAAACCAAAGAUCAAAAAGAACCCCCUCUACAUGGACAUACGGACUGCUGAAGCUGAGGAGAACCACAGGACCAAACCCUCCUGGACCAUCGAGGACUAUGAUAGACACGCAAUGCAUGGCAACCUAGCAGAGUAUCUACAGGAAGACCCUAGGAAACUGAACUUUUGGCUGGAAGAUCUCUACACCCCAGGCUUCGACUCCCUGCUGAAGAAGAAGGAAGCAGAACUGAAAAGGAACAAAAUCUGUAAAAUAUUGACUUCGGUCAUUCUGUCUGUUUGUGUAGUUGUGAUUAUUAUCACGGUGCCAAUUGUGGUGACACAAAGAAAAAACUGAUUUAUAAAAUCACAAUAGAACUGACGUCUGAGCAACAGCUUAUCUCAUAGCUCAGUUCAUUUGCAAUGCACCUUCUACCAUCACACAGAUCAUUACACAGGCCUCUCUGUGCCUCCACUACUUGGGCCUACAAGGUUCUAAUUUAAACCAGUAUAAAUCCUGAUGGUGGUAUAAGGAAAAGCAGCACCACCAACUUGACCAGUAACCGUCAAAAAACCUAAAAUUAUAUUGCUGCUUUUUUUUCUUUUGGUUUCUUUGUGUUUGACCUUUUCUGAUUAUAAAGAUUAUGGUUGAAGGAAAGCAAGAACUGAAUGGAUUAAUCAAUAGGCAAACCUAUAUGUUUAAUACAUGUUUUGCCAUUUCUUGCAUCUGACAAGGAUAAAGGCUCAUCACAAUACAAGCUACUGUGACAGAGAAACACUUACCUAGAACUCCAAACAGCUGCAGUGGUGGCACAGGUGAAUGGUCAAUAACUGAAUUAAGAUUUCGGCCAAAUAAAACACCAGACAUUUAUAAGUGCAUAAAUGUUUAAUUAAGGCCAUACAUUUUUCAAUUAUCCAAGCUGGUAAUGUAUUGAAAUACAGUUCACAGAUUAUACUUCAUGAAUGUUUGUCCAUUGCAGUUGGGCUAUUAUGGAAAUUUGAUAAAUAUGAUAAAUGUUUAUAGCGCUGCAUCCUGUAGGACUAAAAUACACAACAGCUCAAACGUUUGGAAUCAAUGUUUUCAAUAGUGGCCUGCCCAACCAAUGUCUUUGUGAGUAUGUUCAUCAAAUGAUUUUACUACGAAGCUAUUAUUGGGCAACUUUAUUGAGCAAUUUACUGUAGGGCAGCACUCAUAAUGCUUUAUGACACCUACCAGGUUUAAACCUUCCACUUUUUGCCCCUGAUGAAGUCCUUUGGUGUGUUUAGGGUCAUUGUCUUGCUGGGUGAAGCUCCUCCCGAGUAGACUGGAUGUACUUUUCUCUGAACAGGCAGACAGAAUGUUUGCCUAGACUUCUGACUUCAUGAGAUACAUCAUCAAUAAGGAUUCUGGCUGCUGGUUCCCGAAGCAGCCAUGCAAGACCAGGCCAUCACACUACCUCCACCAUGCUUUACUGAUGAGCUGGUAUGUUUUGGAUCAUGAGCAGAUGCUUUCUUUCUCUACACUUUACCGUUUCCAUCAGUUUGGUCAAGAUUAAUCUUGGUCUCAGCAGUUUAUAAAACUGAUGCGUAACUUUUGUGGCUCAUCUCUUUAUUUCUUUGCAAAUUCCAAUCUGGCCUUUCCGAUUCUUACUGCUGAUGAGUUGUUUGCAUCUUGUGGUAUGGCCUCUAUAUUUCUGCUCUCUUAGUCUUCUUUGAACUGUGGAUUGCGGUCCCUUUACCCCUGCACUGUGGAGGUUAGUGGUGAUGUCACUGUUGUUUUUUGGCUUUUCGUCACAGCUCUCACACAGUUCCUUUCUUUUUCAGGACAUUCAGGACAAAUUGUUGUGUUAUGCCCAAUGCUUCUGCAAAGGCUCUGCUCGAUUUUUCCUCUUUUCUCCGCUUCAAAAUAGCUCGCUUUUCGCCAAUAGACAGCUUUCUGGUCUUCAUGUUGGUUUAUCCUUUUUAAGAACAAAUGCAGUCUUCACAGGUGAAACCCAGGGUUUAAACCAAGACUAGACAUUCAGAGCUGUUACCUGUUCAAAAAUCAAUCUAACAGGGCAAACCAGGGCAACAAGAAAUGCAGUGUCCCAAAAAAUUGACAUCAUUUGAGAUGUGAAUAUCUGAGUAACUCCAUGUCCUGGGCAAACGAAAUUAAAUAGGCUUCAUGUUGAACAAUACAAGAUUUAUUUAUCAAAAUUCGAACAAGAAAUUCAGACGGAUGUAGAUUUUAUAACUGAUUUCACAAAGCUUCAGAAAUGUAAUAUCUUCCGUUACUGGUGGUCGUCCAGAUCCCUUCGCCCACAGACAGCCUUCCUCUUUGAAUUUUUUGUGCCAUGUCCAAAUCUGCUUUCCAGUUACUGCAUUUUUAUUGAAUUUUUUCGAAAAUGCACGCUGCAUGACUGUGUUCGUGCAUAUUCUAACACACAAAAUGCCUUUUCAUUUCUAGUGAAGGCCAUUCUUCAACCAGAAAAUAAAACAUUAAAAAUUAAACUUGGUUAGUUUUACACAUUUUGUUAAAAUUUGAGAUAAUUUGAGGGACAACUGGCUGUUAUUACACUACGAAAUUGUCAUUUUUUUUGGGGACACCCUGUACAUGUCAGUCACAAGUCCCAACAUUGUUGCUCACUUGAAAAAUGGGUGGGUUUAAAUAAGAGGUGCCAUGUUUUAAGUUGUUUAAUACAUCUAAAUAUAAAUAUCAGGAAAUAAAAGCUGAAAUUAUGA